AUGACCAAAGAAAGGCCACUUGGAUUAGUUGAGCUGGUAAAUGAACCAACGAAGCACAUCCAGCCAGGAGACAGCCAGGAAGGGCUGUCAGUGACCGUCACACCCUCCCUUUUGGGCACAGAAAGCGCAGGGCAGGUUUCCUCCCUUUUCUUUUCCUGCGUUUCGCCAAGGAUCCUAUGCACGGCUGGCAAACCAGCCCGAGCUCCUGUCCGCUUUCCCCCGGUCUCCUGGCAUCGGCCCAGCCGGGCAAACACAGCAAGGCAGAGAUGGGAGCGCAGCCGCGGCAGCAGCCUGCGCCGUGACGCCGCUCCCUUCCCAGGGGCACGGCCCAGGCAGAGCCGCAGGAGCUUAAUUUCCAGAACUCAUCUGUAUCCUCCCCAGGUUGCUUCGCACAAAGCAGCCCAUGUCCCUUCGUUCUCUUCCACAGUUGCAAUAACUUCACUGAAUGCACAGCAGGGCCUUGGCUGUGUUGCCCAGCUGUAUUUCCUGGUUUUGCUGGGCGGCAUCGAGUGCCUUCUCCUGGCUGCCAUGGCCUGCGACCACUACAUAGCCGUCUGUGAUCCCCUGCGCUACCCCCUCAUCAGGAGGAGGGGUCUCUGCAUCAGACUGGUGGUGGGGUCGUGGGUGGCUGUCAUACCAGUGCAAGUAGGACAGACCUACCAGGUGUUCACUUUGCCCUUCUGUGCAUCCCAUGACCUUCACCAGGUCUUCUGUGCUGCGCCCCCUCUGCUGGAGCUGGCCUGUGCAGACACGUUCUGUAACCAAGGGACAUUGUACGCCAUCAUCCUGGUAUUUGCAAUCUUUCCCUUCUCCUUAAUAGUUAUUUCUUACAUUAAAAUUAUCAGAGCAAUUCUGAAAACACCUUCAGCUCUGGGCAGACACAAAGCCUUUUCCACCUGUUCCUCACACCUCUCGGUGGUGACGCUCUUCUAUGGCUCGGCCACAGUCGUGUACUUAAAGCAAUGGUCAAGGGAUUCUGUAGACACCGACAAAUACCUUGCCCUGUUUUACACAAUUGUGACCCCAAUGUUUAACCCUGUCAUCUAUAGCCUGAGGAAUAAGGAAGUGAGAAUUGCCUUGAAGAGACUCCUACAGACAAAGUGA